UAUCGAAGGCGUUGGACGUUGGACGCAUCGUUGCUGUAUUUAACACCAAGGGGAUUGAAAUUAAGACUAUUGCUACGCGAAUCUCUUGAUCGAGUUGAUUUUUUUUCUGCAGUGCUCUGCUCUUGUCAAACUAGAAACAUGGUGUUAAUGUAUCGUCGUCUCUCAAGUAUUUCGCUCCUGAUAUUAUGCAUCAAUAUUCCGAGUAUCAUUGCUAUGUCCUUGAUGAAAGACAUUGCAAUCGCUGCAAUCCUUGCUGGAAUCCUGAAGCCACGAUUUGUACCUUUGCCAAUACCUAUACCAUUUAAGUUAAUUUUCAGCAAGCACACACGGAAGCCGUACCCAGUUCCCGUUUACAGUCACUCUUUCCAAGCUCACCAAGUUGAUGGUCAUGGAUGGUCUCAAUAUGGUCACAAUUCCUUGGAUGAUAUAACCCAGCUGCAGCAUCUCGCUGGUAGUCAAGCUUUAGCCCAGCUUGAAGCGGCCUCCGAAAAUAUCGACAGCUGGGUGCAGCAGUUGAGUCUCAGUUCUAAUGCACUCAAAGCUAGUGAAUCGAACAACAUUCCUACACUUCACGGGGACUUCGACGAACUCACAGAUGCUUUUGAGGAUGUUCAUGGAAGCGAGGGCUGGUGGUGAUAAUCUCAGUGUUUGCCAACAGAAUCACAGUGCAAUAUUCUAAAUGAAAACAGUCAUCAGACUUCAAAAGUUAUAAUCUGCAGAAUAAUGUUUUAUUCGGCAAAUGCGAAAAAAUCACCAAUUAUUUUAGAUUUUUUUUCUUUGUGUAUGUGCAGUCUUUUAAAACAUAGUUAUAACCAAUUAACUAGAUAAAAUGAAAUGUUGACAUAUACUUAUUCAUAUAUAUAUUUCAUUCUUACCGUUGCAUAUUUUCUUAUAUAUUUCAUUACUUACUCUUAUCUUAUCUCAUAUUUUGAAAAUUAUAAGAAUCUCCACAUUGCUAUGUUUUUUUCCUCAAAAAAUCAAUUGAUGAAUAAUUGGAAGAACAUAUGCAAUGUUGAGCCAACGGUUAUUUUGCGGAUUUAUGAUUUAUUGAUUUAAAUUUUACUGAAGAAUACAUGGUCUAUUUUACAUAUUGAAAUAAUUACUUUUUACUUCUUAUGUUACUGCUGAAAAACUUUAUAUCUUCAAAAGAUUAUUUACAACGUUUCUAUCAAAUUAAGAAAAAUGCAUAAUCUGAAUUUCUCUGUAACGUUUUACAAAAACAGUUUUACUCAAAAUAUGUGCAUUGAAAGUUUUCCUUGUUUUCAUAGUUAUGUCCAAUUAUAUUGCAUUUUUUAAUGAUUAUGUCCUUACUUAUUUACAGAAUGUGGAUCUUUUAUUUUUGGACAUAUACUGUACCUAUAAAAUUCUUAUUUCAAUUUACAAGCUAGUACAAUUGUUAUACAAUUUCACUCCUUCCAUGGAGCUAAUUUGUCUGUACUCUAAUCAUUCGGAAGAUAGUAUUAUUUCCAUUUCUCUUCGUUUCACCAAUCAAUAGUGAUUGGCUUGGGUUUCGUUCUAAUCAUAUGUUCAAAACAAAAAUCGUUCAAAAAUAGCCAUAGAAAACUUUCAAAAAGUGACAUGAAUCUAAUUGAAAUAAAUGCAUCUUUCAUAAUAUCAUUUCGUAAUCAUUUUUCAUGUUUCCAUUUUUCACUUCAUUUAUCAUUAUGCACUUUCCUUUUUAUGUCAAAAUUAU